AUGCCCAAAGCAAUGAGUCCGAAAGAACUCGCCCGAAAUGGAAGGAGGCAUAAUCCUCUUGAAGCAGAUUUGACAGCCAGUGGUCCACUAAAAACAAAAUCCGGGAAGAGAAAAUCUAGAAAUGAAGAUGAGGAUGAAAAGUUUGUGGAUUCGAAAUCCUCGCGGAGGAUUUUAAAGAUAGGUCAAGAACUUGCCGAUGAAGACGAAGCCGAGACCCAAGCAGCAAAACCAAAUGCAGCCUUUAAUUUUGAUUCAAGAUUUGAGAAUGAAGAUGAGGAGGAUGAGCCAGAAUUUGGAGAGGAGGAUGGUGAAGAAUGGGGAGAUGAUGAUGAUGAGGUUCCAGAACUAGUCGAAUUGGCGCCAGAAGACCGCGAUACGUUUGGAAAAUUCUUCCCAGAGCAAGGCGAGGAUGAUCUAGACCAAAAGUUAAAGGAAGUUGGUUGGGGAGGGGACAAUGGCGAGAAUCAAGAGGGACAAGGCACAGAUCUGACCGCAUUAAUUCUAGAGAGAAUCGCUCAGUUUGAAGCAAAACAAUCGAGACAACCUGGAGCUGGACAAGCUGCACCCAAUGAUGAUGGAUUCUUCGUUCAUCCUAAAGUUUUGGAAGUUUACACAAAAAUUGGUUUGAUAUUAUCGCGAUACAAGUCAGGAAAAUUGCCGAAACCAUUCAAGAUUCUACCUACCGUACCCAAUUGGGAAGAUAUUCUCGUGAUCACCAGGCCGGACAAGUGGACACCAAAUGCUUGCUACGAAGCAACAAGAAUAUUCGUCUCAAGGACACCAAUUAUCGCACAAAAAUUCGUGGAAAUGGUCCUACUCGAAAAGGUCCGGGAGGAUAUUUUCGAAACCAAUCACUUGAAUGUCCAUCUUUUCAAAGCCUUGAAGAAGGCACUUUACAAGCCAGCCGCCUUUUUCAAGGGAUUCCUUUUCCCAUUGAUUGGAAGUGGUACCUGCACACUACGUGAAGCAAGAAUUAUAUCAGGCGUCCUUGUGCGAGUUUCGAUCCCAGUCCUACAUUCCGCCGCUGCCAUCAAAGGACUCUGCGAUAUUGCAGCUCAAGAAUCAUCUGCCGGGACCGAAGGUGGUGGAGCCACAAACAUUUUUAUCAAGGCUUUGCUUGACAAGAAAUACGCACUUCCAUACCAAGUCAUUGAUGCGUUGGUUUUCCAUUUCCUACGAUUUAGAAGUGUCGACCCAGCCGGUGUUCGACCCGAAGAUAUUGGAUCCGGAAUGGAAGGUGUAACCAGUUCCAAGGAUGCAAAAUUACCAGUCAUUUGGCAUCAAUGUCUUCUAGCAUUUGCACAAAGAUAUAGAAAUGAUAUUACAGAAGAUCAGAGAGAGUCGCUAUUAGAUUUGAUUAAUGUAAAGGGGCAUUCACAGAUCGGUCCUGAGGUUAGAAGGGAACUGCUAGCAGGACGUGGUCGUGGUGUAGUUGUUGAAGAAGCAGGACCAGCUGUUGAUGGUGAUGAUACUAUGAUGAUAGACUAA